AAGGAUGAGGUCAGCGCGAUGCGCACUUCGUCGCAGCUUCGCCGUCCCAGCAACCACAGCAACAGUCUCAACGAUAGCAGCGGUGAGCUGUGCCGUCUGACCAAAGAUAUGGAGAGUUUGCGCUGUGUGCUGGAGCUGAAACAGGCCGAUAUCCCGACGCUGUCCAAGCAGAACGCAGAGCUGCAGCUUUCAGAGAAUCCUGACGAUUUGGAUGCGCUGGCUCCCGCUCAUCUACUGUUUGGUGGUCCUCCAACCGUGAUUCUUGAGCCCGACCUAACUACGUUGGACUACAAUCGGCUGGAUGGUUGGCAGCGUAUCACUCAACUGCAGCAGGUCUUCUGGAAUAGAUGGCGGGAGGAGUAUGUGACUCUUCUCCAGCGAAGAUCGAAGUGGCGCACUCCUGACCGUCGUCUCCAAGUCAACGACUUGGUCUUGGUGAAGGACGAAAAUUUGCCUCCUCUUCGGUGGCCGCUAGCCCGUGUCCUGGCGCUCAUCCCUGGCAAGGACGGCGAGUGUCGAGUUGCCGACUUAAAGACGACGUGUGGCAGCACCCGGAGAGCCAUAAACAAACUCUGUCUACUGCCCCUGAAGGAUGAUGUUGAAAGAUAGGCUUUCAACGGCGGGAGUAUGUCGGGAGCAGCAGACAGCGCAUGUUAAUGCAAUGCUGUGACAGCGUCUGCCAGCAGCGCUGCAUCUGCCGGCAGCGCUGUAUGCUCUCUGUUAGCGAUCGCUUGCAGUUCGAUCGGCUAAUUGUUUGUCUCUCUUGGUUUGACUAUUCAAUUGUAAAUUCUUGUAUAUCGUGUCGGUGGCGAAGCUUGAAAGUGUUCAAGUCACAGCCAAAUAAUCCAAAGUGGUGGUUACAUAUACGAACAUGUGUGCCAUUUAAUAAACAUUUAAUUUGAAUUCGCGUGUUUUAUUUAUAAACAAUAGACGUGCGAAUAAAAGCUACUAAAAAAGCUUAGUAGCUC